CUUUUGCGCCUGAGCCGCGCUCGGUCCCUCUCCCCUUUGCAAGGAGCACCUUGGGGAGGGUCGCCUGUGUGCGGGGCCGGGGACUCUCUCCUUCUCCUCUUCCUCCUCCUAUUUUCUUAGAAGGAUUUCCUUUGGGUGCAGCAUGCUGACGACUAAGCUGUACACGUUGGUGCUGGUGAUGCAGCCGCAGCGAGUCCUGCUGGGUAUGAAGAAGCGUGGCUUUGGGGCUGGCCUCUGGAACGGCUUUGGAGGGAAGGUGCAGCUGGGGGAAACAAUCGAGCAGGCUGCUAAAAGGGAGCUUCUGGAAGAGAGUGGAUUGACAGUGGACACCUUACAGAAGAUGGGCCAGAUUACAUUUGAGUUUGUAGGCAAUCCCGAGCUGAUGGAAGUCCAUAUCUUCCGUGCUGACAGUUUUCACGGAGACCCCACCGAAAGCGAUGAAAUGCGCCCUCAGUGGUUUGAAGUGGACCGGAUACCUUUCAAGGACAUGUGGCCAGAUGAUAUUUAUUGGUUUCCCUUUUUACUCCACAAGAAAUUUUUCCUGGGCUAUUUUAAGUUUCAGGGGCAGAAGACCAUCUUAGAAUAUACCCUGAAAGAGGCCGAGAAGAUGCAAGAGGAGGCAUGAGAACGCCCUCAAGGUUUUCUGGCUGGGACGUAAGAGGCCAUGUUGGCAGGCCAGGAACCACCAUCGGCUCUAUAGCCAAACAGCCCCUCCAGCUCAUUCUUGGUUGAGUUUUCUAGGGGAAAAAACCCUCAAAACUACUUGUUCGUGUACAGAAUGCGUUCCACCACCAAAGAAUACUAACUAUUAUGGAAAAUAUUGUCAAAGUAGAAGAAGAAAGGAGGGGAUAUCCUAAAUAUGAAGAAAAAUACCUUGAUCGCACACAUUCAGAUAAAUAUGUUCAGCACUGAAAUACACUUUCAACCUCUUUAUGCAACUUUUACGUAUCUCUUACAAAUACAUAUUUUUGCAACUUUUUGCAGGAUGGAGGGGGGAGGUCAGAAUCUGUAAACACUUUUUGAAGUCCACCAACUGUAAAUAAGGCAUUCUCCGAUUCCUGCAGUUUAAUAAAGUGCUUCAUUUAAAA